AAUAGAAAGAAAGAAAAAGGUGGUAUUGGUUCAGACAUAAUACUAGAAGUAGCAGAUCCACUUCUGAAGGCUUUGCAGCCAAAGAGUACAGUGCGAAAAUGCUUUCUCCCGGUUUACUUUUAACCUCUGGUUUGUCUUGGAUCUGAUUCUUAGUAGGCGGUCUUAUCUUACAGAAAUUGCAGCCUCUAUCGCCACCCCUUUGUGGAAAGGGUCCUGCCUGUAAAAGCAUGAAAAUGCAUCCUCGUGGGUUGCUGUUUUUCUUCUUAGCAGCAUGCUUCACUCCCACAGCUGACUGCCAGAGUCAGAAGUUAAAAUCCAUGCGAUGCAAUAUCAAGACGAUGUUUACCUUGAAUACAGCAUGUACUGCUUGUGCUGCAGCGCCUAAAAUGUUAUGUCCAAGAGGCUGGUUAAAGACCACCCAAGGAUUAGGAGUGAGGGACUGCAGAUACACUGUCAAGUUAGGAGAAAAUACCCUUUCCCAGCCAGGGUGCCAUCACAUGUGUAAGAAGGAAAUAGAGGAGAAAAAGUGUUGUCCAGGAUUCUGGGGUACAGAGUGCUAUGAGUGUCCGGGUGGAUCUCAAAAUCCCUGCAAUGGCCAUGGGACAUGCUUGGAUGGUAUACAGCAAAAUGGGACCUGCAUCUGCAAGGAGCAGUACAGUGGUUUUGCCUGCCAGAAUUGUCGAGAUGAAAAUCGUUUUGGCCCAGACUGUCAGUCAGUGUGUGACUGCGUGCACGGGGAAUGCAACAGCGGCGUCACUGGCAAUGGAAGCUGUACGUGCUAUGGAGGCUACACUGGCCCCAGGUGUGACCAAGAGCUUCCCCUUUGCAAAGGUGUGACAUGCGAGGCCAACAGCGAAUGUGUGGUAAGGGAUGGGACAGCGAUGUGUGACUGCAAGCUGGGCUACAGAAAAAGUGGGAGCACUUGCCAAGCUCAGGAUCCUUGUGCUGCUUCUCCAUGCUCCCCCUUCGCCGUAUGUAAGGUUCUUGGACCACAAAAGAAUCAAUGUACCUGUAAAGAAGGAUUUCAAGGAGAUGGGAAGAUUUGCCAGCCCAUAAACCCUUGUGUUGACAGCAAUGGAGGCUGCCCAGAAAACUCCACCAUUUGUGUUUACAGACGUCCAGGAGAGGCAUCUUGUGUUUGCAAGCCUGGGAUGCGUAGGAGAACUCCUUCAUCUGAGUGUUCUGUAUUUCCCAACGAUUGUCGGCAGUAUUUUUGUGAUGUGACUUCCACGUGUGAGCUUGAUUCCCAGGGGAAUCCUAGCUGUGUGUGUAAAGAAGGGGAGAUUGGAGAUGGGAGAAGUUGCUAUAAAGAUCUCUUGAGUGAGAUAAAUCGGUAUAAUUCACGAGGAAGGUUUGCUAGGAACUUAAACGUCGCCAGGAAGAUGUUUGCUUCUGGUUGCUCCACACUGCUGACUAAAUACGGGCCUUUCACAGUCUUUGUACCAUCCCUUCUUCCGGUUCAUGACAAAAUGGAAUUUAACGAUACCACUGCUGAGCAUUUGUGCAGAAUGCACAUCGUUCCUGGUCUGCAUCUGAUAGAAGACAUGGUAAAAGCCAAGACUCUGUGGACCUUGUCAGGACAUCAGCUAACAUUCAGUAGCCAGCCUGCCUGCGAUCAGAACAACAAGAUCCUUUGUGGAGUCCAAAGCAAGACGUACAUCAAAUCAUUUCGAUAUCAAGACCUGCCAGGGGAACUGUACAAUGUUUUGCAAGCGAACCUACCAGCAGCCAAUGGCAUCAUGCAUGUGGUUAACACCCUAAGGAAGAAAACCAGCGCUGACAACCUCAGAAACCCACAGAAAACCAUUGGUGAGAUCCUUGCGUCAAUGGAGAUCUUCAGUAGAUUUGAAACUAUACUGGAGAACUGCGGCCUGCCUGCAAUACUGGAUGGACCAGGCCCCUUUACUGUAUUUGUACCCAGUAAUGAUGGUGUGGAUAAGUUGAGAGAUGGAAGGCUUAUUUACCUUUUCACAGAGGGCAUAAAUAAGCUUCAGGAACUUGUGAAACAUCAUAUCUACGCUUCAGCAGCGGUGACUGUAGAGAAACUGAUAAUGAUGCCACACAUUGUUACUAUGUCUAACCAGAUAGUUACCAUCAACAUCAGCGCAGAUGGAAGAAUUCUGAUGGAUGAGUCAGGGAUCCCCUUAAACAUGCGAGACAUUGUGGCAUCAAAUGGUAUUAUUCAUACUUUGGAUGGCAUCUUCAUCCCUCCUUCAAUAAUUCCCAUUUUGCCUCACAGAUGCAAUGAAGAGCAACAUAAAAUUGUGACAGGCUCUUGUGUGGACUGUGAGGCCCUCAACAACAGCAUUUGCCCACCUGGCAGCAGAGAAAUGGAACCAACGCUCUUCCCAAAAGAAUGUGUCUACAUCCAUGAUCCACAAGGCCUGAACGUCCUGAAGAAGGGGUGCGCCAGGUACUGCAAUCAAACUGUCAUGAAACCUGGAUGCUGCAAAGGAUUCUUUGGUCCAGACUGCAUGCCGUGCCCAGGGGGAUUUUCCAGUCCAUGCUAUGGCCGGGGAAAUUGCAGCGAUGGCAUACAAGGGAAUGGCAACUGUAACUGCUUUGAAGGUUUCAAAGGAAUAGCCUGCCACAUCUGUUCAAACCCGAACAAGCAUGGCGAGAACUGUGACGAAGAUUGUGGCUGUGUCCAUGGUGUCUGUGACAACAGGCCUGGCAGCGGUGGUGUGUGUCAGUCCUGGUCCUGUAAGGAAGGCUAUACCGGCAAGUUCUGUGACAAGACGUCCAAGAACUGUGGCCCGAGCGGACUGUCCCAGUACUGCCACCAGAACGCUGUCUGCAGCCUCAAUGACACAACAAGGUGCAUCUGCGUGGAUGGGUACGAAGGUGAUGGGUUUUCCUGCCAACCCAUCGACCUGUGCGGUCAGCCAGAACGAGGAGGCUGUUCAAAGAAUGCUGCGUGCACCAGUACGGGCCCCGGCACUGCCACCUGCCAGUGCAACACAGGCUGGACUGGGGACGGGAAAGCCUGCGUGGCUAUAGACAACUGCAUGCUGGAGAGCAGAGGGAACUGUCACAUCAAUGCUGACUGUGUUUAUAUUGGCCCUGGCCAGAGCAAGUGCGUCUGCAAGAGGGGUUAUGCUGGUGACGGCUACAACUGCGAUGCAAUCAACCCAUGCCUCAUGGACAACGGUGGCUGCCACGACUUGGCUACGUGUGUGCCUCUUGGGGGAGGAGAGAGAGCCUGUGCUUGCCCUGAAGGCUACGUUGGGGAUGGCAUGACAUGCUACGGGGACAUUCUAAAAGAGCUGGCCAGGAAUUCCCACUUCGCGGGCUUCUACAACUGGAUUAAGAAAUCACUCUUCAGCAUCCCAGCAGGAACCAAUGUCACUGUCCUGGUGCCAUCGGAGGAAGCUAUCAAAAACUUGAGCCAGACUGAAAAAGAUUUCUGGUUGACGCCCUACAUGCUGCCAUUUUUAGUCAGGGCCCACUUUCUUGAAGGUGUCUUCACUGGUGAAAAGCUCAAAAAGUAUGACAGGCCAGAAUUAGCCACCCUCAACCCACAGACCAAAUGGCAGAUAAACACCAGGAGCGGUGUGUUAACCAUCCAGAAUGUGAGUAUAGUCAUCAGCGACAUCCCUGCCAGCAACGGUAUUAUUCAUGUCCUCAGUAAGGUUUUGUUGCCACCUGCAGGAGAUAUCCCACCAAGUCCUCCAGGUCUGCAGAAACAGCUUGACUCAGUUGCCUCAUUCAGCACAUUCAAGGAGUUGCUACAGCAAUACCAACUCAUUGGAAAGAUCGAGUCCUCUGAAGAAUAUACCAUUUUUGUUCCUGGAAAUAAUUCCAUUGAGGAGUACUGCCAUGCUGCCAAUGUGACGCAGCUGGACAACGAGACAGUGCAGUACCAUGUUGUACUGGGAGAGAAGCUCUUGCCCACGGACUUGAGGAGCGGAAUUCAUAAGAACAGCAUGUUAGGGCUCUCCUACUGGCUCAUGUUUUAUCAAAACAGCACCCAGAAGUUCAUCAAUAAUAUUCCUUUGGAUGGAAAAUUUCUUGAGACUAAGAAUGGCAUGCUGAUUGGGGUUUCACAGGUCCUCCAGAUACAGAAGAACCGCUGCACCGCCAAUACCACCACCAUACAAAAGUCAAGAUGCGGGAAAUGUGAGAAGGGGAUCAAGUGUCCUGGUGGAUCAGUUCUUGUGGAAUUGCCAGGAAGCAAGAAUCUCGCCCGCUGUGAAUUACGCUCUGAGGGUACAAGAAUACUUGGCUGCCAUUUCACCUGUGCAAAAGUUUCUCUGAGGUCCGUCUGCUGCCCUGGCUACUACGGACACAUGUGUGAGAUGUGCCCAGGGAAGCCAGGCCAGUGGUGCUCUGGGAACGGGGAGUGCCAGGACGGCAUCGAGGGCAGUGGAGAGUGCCGAUGUCUGGAGGGGUUCCAUGGCACUGCCUGUGAGAUGUGUGAAGUGGGCCGAUACGGAGCUGACUGCAAAUCAGAAUGUGCCUGUGACAAUGGCAUAUGUAACGAUGGACUGCAAGGGGACGGGAGCUGCGAGUGUUUCCCAGGGUGGAAGGGCCCUACCUGCCAAGAAAGAAUCAAGAUUGACUUAUGCAAUAACACUUGCCAUCAAAUGGCCAACUGCCUCAAUAGUUCUGCAGAUUCCCCACCUAUGUGCUUCUGCUCCGCUGGAUACACAGGGAAUGGGACCCAUUGCACAGAAAUAGAUCCAUGCAUUAGCGACCACGGUGGCUGCUCCAUACAUGCUGUGUGUACUAAAGUGUCCCCAGGAGAGAGAACCUGUGUUUGUAAGGAGGGCUACGCUGGAGAUGGGACGCUCUGCAUGGAAAUUGAUCUCUGUCUCGAAAGCAACGGGGGCUGUCACAGCAAUGCAGAGUGCGUUAAAACAGGCCCAAGGAAGGUUGCCUGCAACUGCCUGCCUGGUUACCGUGGGGAUGGUGUGAGCCAGUGCAACCCCAUAAACCUGUGUGAACAGAACAACGGGGGCUGUAGUCCAUUUGGGCUCUGCAAGUACACAGGCCCUGGCACUCGAAACUGCUCCUGCUCUUGGCACAGUAUCGGAGAUGGCUUCAUCUGCCGUGGCAAAGUGUAUCAGGAGCUCGGAAGGAUCGAAGAUGCAUCCAUGUUCUUUAAGAUGAUACUGGCAGAAAACAUCAAGGAGCUCAGCGGGGUAGGGCCUUUCACUGUCUUUGUCCCACGCACAGAUUUCAUAGGGAACACCACAAUGUUUGAGGAGUGGAGGAGCAGGGGUCUCCUCCGGGACCUGCUUCGCUACCACAUGGUGGGUUGCCAGAAAUUGCUGUCUGGUGACCUGGAAGCCCUGGAGUCUGUUACUUCUUUAUCUGGCCACAAACUAAAGAUCACAGUGAAAGAGAAUAGCAUCUAUCUCAAUGAGGAAGCCAAAGUGGUGGUGAGUGACAUCAUCGGCGUGAAUGGGGUCAUUCAUUUCAUCAACAAGAUCCUCAUUCCAAGCGACCUGGUGGACCGUAACAUUUCCUCAAAGAUCUCACGGCAAAAUAUCACGGAAGUGGCAGAGGCCUUUGGGUACACCAUUUAUAGCAAGCUGCUGCAGGAUGCGGAGCUGCUGCCACUGGUUAAUGACCCCCUGCAUAGACCCUUCACCAUGCUGUGGCCCACAGAUGCUGCAUUUAAUGCCCUCUCGGAGAAAAGGCAGAAGUGGCUGUACCGCAGAGAGCACCGGGACGUGCUGGCCUCCUACCUCAAAGCACACAUGAUCAGAGACACAAAGAUUGUUGCUGGCAAUGUGCCCCAAGUCAAAUCCACACGGACCAUGCAUGGCUCCACCAUCUCAUUCAGCUGCAGCGAAACGCACGUGGGGGAGCUUCUGGUGGGGAACGGCGAUGCCACCAUCAUCCAGAGGCACAUGGAAUUCAACGGGGGCAUUGCUUAUGGCAUUGAUAGGCUGUUGGAGCCACCGGAUCUGGGAUCUCGGUGUGACGAGUUCAUCUUUGUUGAGCUGCAGGGAUCUACAGAGAGCUGCGGACUCUGUGGCUUCGAGCCACCCUGCCCUGAUGGCUCCAUUCAACGGGGGGAAACCAGGCGCUGCUACUAUUAUGGAAACCAGCUGCUGAGAAACACUUUUCUGUUUCACCGCAACUCCCUGUUGCGGCCGUCCUGGCCACCCUCCCCGUGGGACCCCUUCAGAAGACACUUCUCUUCCAGGGGGCCUCUGAAACGAGGCUGCAGGAGGAGCUGCGUUUCCACCCAGUGGGUCCCUCAGUGCUGUGCGAACCACUAUGGCCGUGACUGUCGGGCGUGCCCAGGAGGGCUGGAGGCACCCUGCAGUAACCGUGGUACCUGCGAUGACAAAAUCGGUGGCUCGGGGAGAUGCAACUGCAGCCAGGCUUUCAUCGGGACCAGCUGUGAGCUGUGCGCGCCGGGCAGAUACGGGCCAGACUGCCGAGAGUGUAACUGUACUGAGAACGGCGUGUGCAACGGAGGACUGCAUGGCGAUGGCUUCUGCUUCUGUGCCGAGGGCUGGACUGGAGACCGCUGUGAAAUCCGACUAGUGAUGACGCCCACCUGCUCUCCACCGUGCCACCCCCAUGCCACCUGCCGCUCCAGCAACCUCUGCGAAUGCAACCUACACUAUGAAGGAGACGGGAGAAUGUGCUCAGUGAUUGACAUGUGCAGCCAGGACAACGGGGGGUGCGCCAGGCACGCACAGUGCACACAGGUUGGUGUGAAUGUCUCCUGUGCCUGUGCUCCCGGGUACGGAGGUGAUGGCUACGUCUGCGACCCCAUAGACAGGUGUGCGGAUGGGAGGAAUGGGGACUGCAGCCAGCACGCCAGCUGCAUCAGCACCGGACCGAAUGAGCGGCGCUGUGAGUGUAAGCGGGGCUACAUUGGUGACGGGAUCCAGUGCCUUGAAGAGGCCGUGCCCCCCACAGACCGGUGUCUGGAAGACAACGGGCAGUGCCAUCGGGAGGCCAUUUGCACCGACCUGCAUUUUCAUGAUAAGACUAUGGGCGUAUUUCAUCUGCAGUCACCCCGAAAAAAGUAUGACUUCACUUACGAGCAGGCUCAGAAGGCCUGUGCCGCAGAAGGUGCUUCCCUGGCCACUUUCCAGCAGCUCUCGGCAGCACAGCAGAUGGGAUUCCAUCUGUGUUUGGUGGGUUGGCUGGACAAUGGCACAGCCGGGUACCCCACAGCCUACCCCAACCCCAGCUGUGGGGCUAACCGAGUGGGCAUUGUGGACUACGGCUUCCGAAGCAACCUGAGCGAGACCUGGGAUGCAUUCUGCUAUCGGGAGAAGGAUCUGAUUUGCACCUGCCGUGACGGGUUCGUGGGAGAUGGGUAUUGGUGCAGUGGCAAACUCCCCGACGUGCUCGCAGACCACGCUCGCUUCUCCACCUUCUAUUCCAUGUUGCUCGAUUUUGCCAAUGACACAGAAGAAGGACUGGAUUUUUUCACCUAUUUGUCUGACGACUCCGCUCCCAAAACUCUCUUUGUCCCUCUGAAUUCUGGCUUCGCAGACAAUGAAACACUGACAGGAGAAGAACUGAAGCUCCAUGUGUCAUCCAGCAAUGUCAUCCUCUUCAGCUUCAACCUCACAACGGGCACCAUCAUUCCAUCCCAGUCAGGAUAUGACCUCCACGUGUCGGACCUCCCAGUGGGCAACAGUACAGAGCACUCAAAUGCCAAGGGGAUCAAUGACACGAUGAUUGUGGAGUGGGACAUCAUAGCUUUCAACGGCAUCAUUCAUGCGAUUGCAGAGCCACUGAGGAUCCCACCACCCAUCAUUCAUCUUGGUCAGGUGAACGGUGUGGCACGGGCUUCGGGCUCCGUGGCCACGGGGACACUGUCCGCGCUGUGCUUUGCAGCGGUGCUAGCCGCCAGCGCCGGUGCCGCCUACUACUGUGUGAGGCGGCGGCGGCGGGAGGAGCAGUUCGGGUAUUUUCAGGCGGACCUCCGCGCGGACGAGGAGGAGGAGCAGGAGGCGGGGCAACAGCAGCCACCGCCCGCCCCGCCCCGCCCCCAGCGCCCGCUGGUCGCCAUCCCCAACCCGCUCUACGGCGGCCACGCGCCCGACUACGAGCCGCUGCACGACUCGCUCCUGGCAGACGCCGGCCCCGCCACCCGCCGCCGCCCGCAGUGAGGCGCCGCGCCCGGCCUCGGGGGCGCAGACAAAUAAAGAGCUCAGCGCCA